AUGUUUGACCCCACCACGUUAAACCCAACACUCACCUACUCUACUGGUAAAGGAUUAGGCUUUGGCAACGAAACCCUACUCCAAAACCACGAAUUAUGUACGAAAGAAACCUGCGACUUGUCUAUGGCGAGGUACUCAUACCUACCGUCACUGCUUGGAAACGCCACCUACCUCGCAAUCUUCGCUAUACUCAUCUUUCCACAGAUCCUCAUGGGCAUGAGAUACGGAAUAUGGAAAUACAUGCUAGCUAUGAUCAGCGGGUUGGUCCUCGAAGCCAUUGGAUACUCAGGCCGCAUCUUGCUGUACUACGAUCCUUUCGACAAUGAUGCCUUCCUGUUAAACUUCAUUGCCUUGACAAUUGGUCCGGCAUUUUUUGCUACUGCUAUUUAUCUUUGCCUGGGCCGUGUUGUAUUAGCAUACGGAGAAGAUGUUUCCCGCUUCAGGCCACGCACCUACACUAUCUUCUUCUGUCUCUGCGAUUUCGGUCCCUUGAUUAUGGAAUCAGCUGGUGUUACUAUUGUGAGCACCUCACACACCGAGAAACAGACCCGUAUCGGAAAAAACAUUGAGAUGGCUGGUCUCAUUUCUCAAGUCAUCGCUUUAGUCCUUUUCGCAACCGCCGCCACCGAUUUUGCCAUCCGAGCCCGGAAGGCGAAAAGCACAUGGGACGAGCGCUACCAAUCUGUUGUCAAAACUCCCAUAUUCAAGGCUUUCCUCACCAGUCUUGGCAUUGCAACCCUCACGAUCUUCACCCGGUCCAUUUACCGCAUUAUCGAGCUGUCUGGCGGCUUCACCGGCUCGCUGUUUACCGGCUACGAGCCCAUAUUCAUGGUUUUUGAGACUUUCAUGAUCAUCAUUGCGUGCACGUGCUUGACCGUCUGGCACCCGGCUUUGGCUUUCGGCGAUGUUUGGCAUCAGCUCAACUUCGAUGACGGUACGGAGGGACCUCCAAAGAAGAUGGACGAGGAGAGUGGGGACGAGGAGAGUCAGAUCGGCGAGAAGAGUGUGCGGGUGAGCAUCGAAGAGAUUGGGGACGCGGAGAGUCAGCUGGGCGAGAAGAAUGUGCGGGUGAGCAUGGAGAAACAUGGGAUGAGAAUUCAACCGUCUUGA